AUGUUCGUCAAGACCCAAGUUAUCGCCGCUGCUAUUGUCAUUGCGUCUGCAAUUUCCAUCAGCGCUGCUCCUGCCUACCCAGGCCGUCCCUCCGACCUCGAGGCGCGCACCGGGGACAGCGUCGAAUGGAUCAGGCGCUUGUAUGUAGAAGGACGUGCAGACAAUGACGACCACCCGGUCCCUCCUACCCCGAACAACUCCCCAAACAACUCGCCCGUCCCACCGAGGAGAGGCGUCUCUGGACAACCGCCACACGGUCCAAGCAAGUCUCCUCGUGGCAAGCGGGAGUUCUUUGAGCGGCGCUCAGGCAACGACGGCGGGCAUGUCCCACCCACGCCGAACAACUCUCCUGAUAACUCGCCCGUUCCACCGAGGAGGGGAGGUCCCGCGCAACCACCGCACCCGCCCAGCAAGCCUCCUCGUGGCAAGAGGGAAUACAUCGAGCGCCGUGCCAAGGACAACCAACACCACGAGCCCGGUCCUGGUCCUACGCCGUUCAAUACCCCGAAUAACUCUCCUAAUAACUCUCCCAACAACUCCCCGAACAACUCUCCUCACAAUUCGCCCAACACCCCCAGACGGGACGGGCCGGCGUCGGGUCACCCCAAUGGCCACCCCGCCCCGCAUGGCAAGCGAGAAUACCUCGAGAGGGAGUACGUCGAGAUUCUUAGGCGUAUGAUGGAGUUGUAUGAUGAGCUGGACUGA